AUGUCUUCUUAUCUGAAAGUUUCUGGAACAAAGGUCGUCAAUGGAGAUGGCAAAGAGGUCGUCCUCAGGGGAGCAGGUCUCGGAGGAUGGAUGAACAUGGAAAACUUCAUUUCUGGAUACCCAGGCUGCGAAUUCCAGAUCCGUACUGCUCUCGCUGAGGUCGUAGGACCUAUCAAAUCAGGGUUUUUCUUCGAUAAGUUCCUGGAGUACUUCUUCCAGGAGGAAGACGCCAAGUUCUUCAAGAGUCUUGGACUCAAUUGCAUUCGGCUACCCUUCAACUACAGGCACUUCGAAGAUGAUUUGAAUCCCCGUACCUUGAAAGAGGAGGGUUUCAAGCACCUUGACCGUGUGAUUGACCUCUGUGCCCAGCAAGGCAUUUACACCAUUCUCGAUCUGCACGCUGCUGCAGGCGGUCAAAACACCGCUUGGCACUGUGAUGCUGGCACGCACAUCGCAAAUUUCUGGUUACACAAAGACUUCCAAGACCGCACAAUCUGGCUCUGGAAAGAACUUGCUAAGCACUAUGCUAACAACAAGUGGAUUGCUGGCUACAACCCACUUAACGAACCCACUGACCCCACGCAUACCGCUGUAAUCAAGUUCUACGACCAAGUCCACGACGCCAUCCGCUCGGUCGACACAGAGCAUAUCAUUUUUUUCGACGGAAACACAUUUGCAAGUGACUUCUCACAUUUCGGUGACAUGCACAAGAAGUGGCAGAACACCGCAUACUCAAUCCACGACUACAGCGUAUACGGCUUCCCUGCUAGUCCAGAGGACUAUGUCAGCUCUGACGAACAACGACAGAGAAUGAAGAAAAGCUACGAGAGGAAGAGGGAAUGGAUGGACCAGCACGGCCUUUGUGUCUGGAACGGUGAAUGGGGCCCAGUCUAUGCUAGGAGGCAAUAUGAUGGCCUUGCUACAGACGCCAUCAAUGAAAGACGGUACAAGGUUCUCAAAGACCAGUUGGCCAUCUACAAUCAGGAUCGUCUGAGCUGGUCGAUCUGGUUGUACAAGGAUAUCGGAUUCCAGGGCAUGAAACAUCGUCUCGCUGUGGACGCUUGGGGUGCUGAUACCGCUCAAGUCCAGCACAUAUAUCAACCUCUUAUCAAUCAUAUCACAGAAGAGAUACCGCAGGAGAACCAGAACCUAUAUCCGUUCCCAGUCUGGAAACUCUCCGAUCGCGUUGGUCGCUUGUCCCGCAGUAUACUAGUAACCGAGUAUCUUGUCAAGGAAUGGGCAGAACAUUUCCGUGGAAAGAGCGAGGCAGAACUGGAUGAAAUUGCGAAGAGCUUCAAGUUUGAGAAUUGUCUGCGCCGUGAUGGAUUGAACAAGAUCUUGAUGGACAAUGCACAAACGCGGAGCAGUAGUUAA